GAGUUGGUGAUUGCGAGCCAUGAAUAGGGAGUGAGUGUCGAGUACUGCCCUCUUGUGGCCAUAAAUGUCGUGAAAAUAGUGUUUAAUUUCAUUGCGAUUUUGAGACCAAAUAUUUAUUUUGCGGAUCAAGUGAUGGCUGAGGCGGCCGUCGAUAUGUCGGCCAAUAUAUCUUCGUUGCGAUACUUCUGCCACCAAUGCUCUCAAGAAUCGGAUUCUGUUCUCUCGGACUUCACGUGUCCUCUCUGUCGGUCCGGUUUUGUCGAAGAAGUCACUCACGAGGACACGGCUGAGACCAAUCCCGAUGACAACAAUGAAUCCGAUACACAAAUGGCAGACAUUUUGGAUGACCUGUACGGCCAGUAUAGCGGAUCCCGACGGCGCGGCUCCACUAAUGGCGCCAACAGUACGUCCGGCGGUCCGCAGUCGGACUCCGCCGGAAGACAUCAUCUGAGAAGUCAUAGGUAUUCGCCAAACGACGGCAACGCCAGACGUCCGACAACCAGUUAUUUUCAACUAAAUUUGCCCCGAAAUGCAGAGUCAGGGGCUCUGGACAGCAGUCAAUCAUUGGAGGGUUUAUUUCAACACAUCUUAACGAACGUGGCUUCGGGUCAGUUGGCGUCGGGACGCGAAGGGGCGGUCAAUAUGGGCGCCCGCGGACUCAUUAACAUAGACUUUCCAUUACCUCUGUUCCAAGUACUGCACGGGAAUCCGGGGGACUAUGCAUGGGGUGAGGGAGGGCUCAACGAAAUCAUCAGUCAACUGUUAAACCAAUUGGACGGUUCUGGUCCGCCACCGAUGGCUAAGGAAGACAUAGAAAAGGUUCCGUUUGUGUCCAUCAGCGAAGAACAGGUUCAGAAGAAUCUUCAGUGCACUGUAUGUAUGGAAGAUUUCAAAGUAACAGAAAAAGUGAGACUUUUAGAGUGCAGUCAUUGUUAUCACAACGACUGUAUCGUUCCGUGGCUUCAAAUGCACGCCACGUGUCCGGUCUGUCGAAAGGAACUGACGACCAGCCGUACGGCCAACAGAGACCCCAAUCUGUCGACCAAUACUACUAACGACCCCCGAGUCGGCGGCAACUCAUCGACCAGAGAGACCAGUGGUAGCAGUAAUACUAACACUCAGUCGUCAAACGGUACCUACGAAUCAACCGAUGAUUACGAUUAAGUCGAUUCUGUGUCAUAUAUAUAUACAUAUAUAUAUAAAUCUA